GGCAAAAAGCCCAGCGCGGCAAAGGGUAGGUAAGAUUAUGGGCUACAUUACCUACCUCAUACCACCUGAGAUCAUAGCUGCUAGCCGGGAUGCGAAUCCUUCCAGGUUUUCCAAAAUCCGGGACCCCAUCUAGGUCUUUUUGGGGGCCGUUUUAUUUGUCUUUGGGCUGAGUCCUGGCUUAAACCUGGGACGAACCUGAUAAACCUAAGUCGGUGUCUGUCUGUCGUGCUUCCUCUCCGCCUUUAGAUACUGUACAUACUUCGUACACACCUAGGUAUCUAGUAUCUACUAUCAAGGCAGGACAAGACCGAAGAUAAUUAUUUCACCCGGAUCGUCGUCCAGAAUCUUACUUCUUCUCCGCGAGCACGGCCGCUGCGAAUCGGAGGCACGUACGGUUGAUCACCGAAUAGGGUAUAUCUCCUUCGAAGCUUGACGGGGAUAAGGGGGGAAAGGAUCGGAGAUCGAAACACAUCAAAACGAUAGACACGACGACUUCCUCAUCUGUGGGAAUAUUACGCGGAUAAUCGAGGCUGUUGGAUCCGGUCGAAUUAGUCGAUAUUCAGAUUGACAUCGAGGGCAUUUACGUCGUAAGAGUAAUAGGAAUUAUCUAGGCAACGAGGAAGAAAAGGCAGAAGAGGAGGGAUCAAGAGAAGAAGAAAAUCUAUAUACCGCGUCUGACGAGAACAACACCGCCUCGGCCACUCAUCCAAUCCCAUCAUGUCUCUCGGCGCGCUCACGACGACCUUCACGCCGCCCGCCGAUUGCACCGCCUCGUCGGCGCUGUACUGGGUAAACACCGCUUCGACGUUCUACUGGCUACACGGGCAACCGGGCCAGUCCUCGUGUUUCCCAGACAGCUACUCGCCCUACCAGAACCAGUACUACAGCCCCGGAGUAUGUCCCGUAGGGUACACACGCGCGUGCGAGUCGAUAUCGACCGGUGGUGAUAACAGCUUCACCACGCGGGCGACAUGCUGUCCGCAAGGGAACUACGUAUGCGCAUCGACGUCAAGCAGUUACAGCUACCCGUGGGGCCCCACGCUCGGCUGCAUGAGCGUAUACAGAGUCAACACACAGACGAGUUUCACAACGAUCGACGGCACGAUAGCCGGAGGCGAGACAGCGGGGACAGUAACGAGUCUACGAGCCCCGGGCACGAUAAUGGCGUACGGCGUAGUUGUACAGAAUAGCGCGUCCACGGAUACAGCGACGACAACGACGGGGUCCCAGACUUCGGGUAGCAGCUCCAUUGCAUCGGAAACCGCAUCCUCGACAGCGGCGGCGGGAGCCGGCGAAAGUCAUGGGCUCAGCAGUGGUGCGGCGGCCGGGAUAGGAAUCGGGACGGCGUUGGGCGUGAUGGCGAUAGGUGGCUUGAUACUAUGGAUGUUCUGGUCGCGGCGGAAGAAGAGGACACAGAUCCCGCAGCAGGAAUUAGAGGCGGAAGCUCCGCCACGAGGGGCCGCGACUACACCCGGGUCCUGGAGCGACACGACAUGGUCGUCGACGCCGUACCAACAUCCCCCUCCGCAGCAGCAACAUUAUCCGCAACAAUACCCGCACCAGCAGUCCGUGGUACAGGUUAACUGGCCGCCGACGGAACUGGCACAGCAUGGGGAGCCGAUGGAGAUGAGUGGCGAGACUCAGUUGCCUGCGGAGAAGGACGGGAAGAGUUUAAAUUGGCGGCAGCGGUAAUGCAUCGGAGAAGGGGGAGGGGUUGGUGGAAAUGCGAAUAUGGAUUACUUGAUAAUAAUUAAAUUUGGAAUACCCAGACACGUGAUCAGACGAACCAGCAACAUUGAAGUGACGGAGUAGUGGGUUGGUAGAAGAUUGGAAUGUGCUGAAGAAACGCUUUUUUUUCGACGUCAAGCAAACAUGUGAAGAUGGCGAGCCUUGGUUUUUUGUAGAUAUAUUGGUAGUGUACCUAGUAGGGUUUUCGAAUCGUUGAAUGCUAUGAUGGUCUAGCGCGAAAGGCAUAUAAGACUCGAGAAGGAAAUAGAAAAUCGAAG